AUGUCUGCUUUGAAGCUGGGUAUCGUCGUCGGCGCAGGUCCAUGCUCCUGCUCACCGUUUCCGAUCUCUGUCCGUCUUAAAAAAAUCAUCUUACUUCCAGGACUCGCAGACAUUGCAGCCACUUGUGCACUCGCUGCGGAUGGGCAUCGCGUUCGGCUGUUCGAAAAAUCCCCCGUCAUACCCGACGUCACGGGGGGGAUCCGCCUCCGCAUCGCGAUCUUGGCAGGCGUCUCUCCUCCAUCAGCCCACACGGCGCACUCAGGGUCUCGCCCCUCGGUCUCGCUCCGUUCGGGCGAGAUCGUCCAUGCCGACUUGAUCGUUGGAGCCGACGGGGCGCGAGGCAUCGUGAGGCGCGUCGUGGACGCGCAGAUCUCUGACUUGUCCGGGACGGGCGCGUAUACUGGCACGACCGUGUACACCGGCGUGUGUGCCGCCGAUAAUGCGGACUCGGAACAAUAUGCACACGGAGCGGCCGAACGUGCGGACUCAGAACUAUCUAAACAAGUGAAGCGAAGAAAGGAGUAUAUCCUGUAUAUCGGGCGCAACGAAGUCCUCGUAGAAGAGCAGGCCAAUUGGGAAAAGGUACCUUCGUCUUGUAUUCCGCGCGCUGAUGAGGCCGCGCUACCCCUCCAGCGUAAGCUGGAACGCAUCCCGUACGUCACUCGCGCACGCUGCCACGAGUGUUUACCCGCAGACGAAUGGGUCAACGCCUCGGAGACGAUCAUCCUGAUCGGCCAAGCCACGCACGCCAUGCUAGUGCGUGCUUUUGACGAUCGUAUACGUGCCGCGCCGCGCUGA